CUAAAACGUUUAGUAUUCAUUAGAAUUAUCAUUACUACGUAUUUAAUUUUGUAUAUAUUUUUGUAGUGAUGUCCUUGACGUAAAACAUGCCUGAAAAUAUUGAUAAUCAAGCAGAUACUUCUGCCGAUGUUUCACAUUGCUCAUCCGAGUUUGACCAUCAAAACCCUCCAUUGGAUUCUGUUGAUAUACGAUUUUCUGGUUUAAAAACCUUUGAUAUUCCUAACAACACAACAUCAAAUUCCUUAUCUGAUCAUGGACAACAGUCUGAAUCAAAUACUGAUCAACAAUAUAACAUACGGGGCGUCUUGCCUUUAUAUCGACGGUCAAAUUCUGUUUCAAUGGCUCCGCCAAGUCAUGCAGAUAUAAGGAAAAGGACUUCAAAGAGUUUUUCAGUGAAUGCAGAUAGCCCAACGUCGUAUGGGUCGUUUGAACACAAUCAGUUUGUAUCAAAUCUGGUGCAACCUUGCGACGUAGACGAUAUAUUUGAUGAUGAUCCUUGCACUAAUUUAAUAGAGAGAGACAAGGAUCCAGAUGAUGUGGUGGAGAAAUUAUAUUGGGGAUACACAAAACGUCAGUUGAAAGUUUUUGUUUCACUAGUGUUACUGUCAUUAAAUGACAUCAUGGGCUACUCUGCAAUUGCUCCAUUUUUUCCUGUGGUGGCCGCACAAAAAGGUCUUACCUCAGUUCAAGUUGGGUUAAUAUUCUCAUCAUAUUCGAUCACUGGAAUCUUCUUUUCUUUUGUUACUGGAAUUGUAUUAGUUCGUGUUGGUGCCAAGUUUUGUGUUAUUGCUGGAAUGUUCUGGAAUGCUGGAGCAAUCCUUUGCUUUGGGCUGUUGGGAAAUGUCGAUGCCACUUCAUUCCUCAUACUUUCCAUAAUAAGCAGAGGCUUAAUGGGUCUUGGUAGCAGCGCGGCCUUCACCGCCAUGUUUGCCAUUGUAUUCCAGGAGUUUUCCGAGCGAUCAAUAACCGUGUUGAGUUUAUCUGAAGCUUUAGUUGGCGUUGGUGGUAUGUUAGGACCAGUGGUUGGAGGAGUUCUUUAUACAGUAAGUUAAAUUAAUAUAGACCCUUA